UUCACCGAUCGAUCAGUGAUCAAUUCAUUAAUCAACAGAAACAUGAAUCAGAUAGUUUGAGUUUUUAGACAGAAACUGUGAAACGACCUGAUGAUCAAUCAGAAACUGAUCACAUAAUAUUUAUCUCAGAUCAGUGAUUAAAUUGAUUGAAAUGUGAAAAUGUUUGGAUGAAUCUGACCAAACUGGGGUGGGAGCGCUGGUUGUCUGACCUGGGUCUAGAUCAGAGGUCUUCGCCUGUGAAUCUGACCAAACUGGGCCAAAGUCCAGAUCUGAAGGAGCAGAACGGUUCUUUAACAUUGUCAGGGUUUCAAACACACUCCAGGAGUCAUGUGAUCAGAUCAGACUGACCUUAGAUCAGUUUGUCUCAGAGUUGAGUUUGAACAAAAUCAUUAGAAAUCAGAAACUGGUUUUUACUCCUCAGCCCAACAUCAGGACCAAAUAUACAACCACCACCACCACCCCCCUACUGGGUUCAUUGAAUGAGUCUGAACGUGGCCUCUACAACCCCCCCCCCCUACAAAAACCUACAAACUGCUGCUGACCCCCCCCCCCAACAUAUGUUUGUAUGUAUUUAUCACAGACUGCCCCCCCCCCCACCCCCCCCAAACAAUGACCUGUUACUCCUCUCUCUCAGUAUCUGCAGAGAUCAGUGUUGACCCCCUUCUCUGAUCAGAUCUGAAUCACCUCAGUACCUGGAGAUUACAGGUGAGCAGCAGCCGUUCUGGAGCUUUUGACCAUGUCACUGAACCUGAAUCUGUUUGAAGACGUCGCCUCCAUUUUGUGUCUGAACUGAUGAAUCAGAUUCUUCAGUCAGUUAAUGAGAGUCAGUCCUGAUCCUGAUCUAGGUUGAUCCGGUCCAGGUUCAGGGUUGGUGUGAAGACUCCAGAGCAGCUGCUGAUUGGAUGAACACCUCAGCAUCUGGACACUGAUGUGACCCUGAUGUUUCUCUGCUCCUCGGUCGUAGAUGAAUGUAGCUGUGUCCUGUCUGACCACCAGAGGGCAGAGAAACACAAAGAGUCUAAACUGUGAACAGCUGCUGAUCCAGGUGCUGUUGCUCUGCACCUGUUGCUCUGCACCUCCUCCUGAAGGAAACAUCUAGUAGCUGCUGUCUCUGGUCUGAGCCUGGUUCUGUGCCCAGAUAUUGAGGUGGUCUGGUCCUGAUGUGGUCCUGGUCCUGAUCAGCUGCUCCGUCACUAACCUCCCGUCUCCUCCUCCUGAAGCAGAUGGAGCUUUCAGUCGUUUCUCCUGGACUUCCUCUGUGUCCUGGUGGCUGGUGGGUAAAGGUCUCAUGGUGUCGGUUGUAUGUUACAAGACUGUUUGUCUCUGUGUUGAAGGUGUUUUUCCUGCUCUGUGUUGGGUUUUGUAUUUUUGGGAUCGUGUAGUUUUCAGGCUUCAGGUCUGAAUCCGUGAACUGAACCAUUUGAAUAAAGCUGAAGUGCACAAACCUUAGAAACACUAACCAGAGGACGAUGAGUAGUUUCUUUUUCAUCUCCAGGUUUAAAUCUGUUAAUGCUGAACUGAUCGAAUAAACUGUUUGAUGUCCAGACCUGAGACCACACUGACAAGGACCAGGUUCUGGUCUGCUGCAGUGAGUCUUUCCUCUGGACGGACACUGGAUGGCAGCAUCGAGCUGUGUGAGUGUUGUUAAUGACCAUGUCUAUCUCUUUAUGGCCACAGCUGGCGAGCAGCUGGUUACAGCAGGAUCAUGAGUUCAGUGAACUUCAGUGGCUUUCACAGUCUCCAGAUCUGGAUCUAGUAGAUCUUGAGCUGGUAGAUCCAGUAGAUCUGGAGACUGGCAGCAUGAAUGAAUCAGAGCAAAGAGAAGAGCUACCCAGAGUCAGAGAGGUGUUCCUAAUAAACUGAUCAGAGUCAGAAGAACAUGAAUUUCUGAACUAACAGACUCUGUCAUGUGACUCUGUGUCAGUGAAGACAUGUGACCUCGAGACUAAAAUUAUCCAGCAGCUGAUCAGAGGUCAGAUUUCAGCAGCAUGGAGGACGACUGCUGCUCUGCUACAAGAUAAUAAUAACAGAAUGAUCAGAGGGAAGACAAGGCUGCAGUUCAGAGGUCAGAGGUCAUCUCACCUGUCCAUCUGUGUGCUGUGACAUCAUCAUGGUGGGCGUGGCUGUGUGCAGCUCGGUCAGCUCCAUCAAAGCUCUGUGGGAGACGAGGAUCAGGAGGUGGAAGGAGGAGAAGGGCGAGGAGGAGGAGCAAAGGAGGAGGAGGACCAGAGGCGGGGCAACCUGCAGACUGAGUCUUGGUGUUUGGGAGGACCGGGCGACUCUGGCUCGACUUAAACAGAAGCUGCAGACAGAAGAUGGACGACUGGUCCUCCGAAUCGAACAGGAGGAGUGGGAGACUUUGCCGGGCUGUCUGGUCCAGUUCAGUCAGGUUCAGGAGUGGCAGAUCCACCGGACCGGACUGCAGAAGAUCCCUCACUUCAUCUCCAGCUUCCAAAACCUUCUGGUUCUUGAUCUGUCCCGUAACGGUGUCACAGAGAUCCCCAGACAGAUCGGUAAACUGACCCGGCUCAGAGAGCUGCUGCUGAGCUACAACAGAGUCCAGUUUGUUCCUGAGGAGCUGAGCAGCUGCGAGAGUCUGGAGAGACUGGAACUGGCCAUGAACCGGGACCUGGACCACCUACCAGACCAGUUCAGGAACCUGAAGAAGCUGCAGCACCUAGAUCUGUCCAUGAACGACUUCACCUGCCUGCCAGACUGCGUGGUUGCACUGCCGGUGCUCGAGUGGCUUGACAUGGGAGGAAACCGACUGCAGCACUUACCUGAGGACAUAGACAGGAUGGAGAAGCUGCACACUCUGUGGCUGCAGAGGAACGAGCUUGAGAAACUCCCAGACUGCAUCAGCAGGAUGGCGAGUCUGGACACUCUGGUCCUCAGCUGCAACAAACUGAGAGACAUUCCCCCUCUGAUGGAGGACAUGUCCAACCUCAGGUUUGUGAAUUUCAGGGACAACCCUCUGACUCUGGAUGUGACGCUGCCAUGCAGGGAGCCGAAGGCCGAGACUGAUGAGGACGAAGACGACAGAGAGAUGUUUGGACGGGAGUUCAUGCAGAUGUACAUCCACGAGUCCAGAAAGAGAGCGUACGCUGCGCUCAACAUGCACUGUGUCAACCGUUAG